AUGCGCUCCACCGUCACGCUCGGCGCUGCGGCGCUCUCGAUCCUCGCCCUCACGGCGCCAGCGACCUCGGCGCUCCCGCUCAACGCGACGGGCAGCGAUGCCGCAUCCGACCCCUCGUCGGCAGACUACGGCCUCCUCUUCGCCCGCCGAGACGCUCCGCUCUCCGACUGCCUCUCGGCGGCCCAGGCGGCCUCGACCAACAGCAACGGCCACCGCUUUGGCAUCUCGACGCCCUCGUCGUCCAACUACGCCGCCCUGUCGACCUCGUACAACCCCCUCUUCCACUACAAGCCAUCCUACGUCCUGACCCCGACCAGCGGCAAGGACGUCAAGGCCGUCAUGCAGUGCCUCGCCGCCCAAAAGGGCCGCGUCAAGCUCACGCCAAAGGGCGGCGGCCACUCGUACGCCGCCUUUUCCCUCGGCGGCGACGACGGCAGCGUCGUCGUCGACCUGCGCCACCUCGACACCAUUGCCGUCGAUGCCGCCGCCAAGACGGCCACCGUCGGCGCCGGCGUCCGGCUCGGCACGCUGGCCCAGACCAUCUGGGACCAGGGCCGCUUUGCGCUCCCGCACGGUACCUGCCCCAUGGUCGGCGUUGCGGGCCACUCGCUCGGCGGCGGCUUUGGGUACGCCACGCGCGCCUGGGGCUACCUCAUGGACCGCAUCGAGAGCCUGCGCGUCGUCCUGCCCUCGGGGUCCAUCGUGACCGCCUCGCCCUCCGAGAACCAGGACCUCUUCUGGGCGCUCCGCGGCGGCGGCUCCAACAACUUUGGCGUCGUCACCGCCUUCACCUUCCGCCUCGAGUCGGCGCCCUCGCAGGUGAUCAACUACAGCUACAACUUCAAGACCAACGACGACUGCGCCCGCGCUCUCGUGGCGCUGCAGAAGUGGACCGAGGACGCCGAUGCGGCGACGGGCAUGCCCAAGGAGCUCGGCGGCGAGCUGCUCGUGUCGGGCCAGAACGGAGGCGACUUUGACGGCAACGCGUGCCAGCUGAGCGGUCAGCACCUCGACGCCACGCCCGAGUCGCACCGCGCCGUGAUGCAGAGGUUCCUCGACCAGGUGCCGGCGCCCGCGUCGAGCCGGGUGCAGCCGUUUGGCUGGCUCGACUCGCUGACCGACAUCAUGGGCUCGCUCGCCGUCACGCCGCCGGCCAAGGACCACGAGCAGUUCUACGCCAAGUCGCUCGUCACGCCUCCGUCGGCCCAGUUCACGCACGACCAGGCCCUCGAGCUCAUCCGGCAGCUCGACGGCAUCGCCGGCCUCGAGGGGUCGGGCAACAGCAUCUCGUUUGACUUCCUCGGCCCGCUCUCGUACCCGGCCACGACGGGUUCGCAGCAGCCGUCGUCGUUCAACGCCCACGGCGCCAUGUUUGUCUCGCAGUUCUACAGCUACGACUUUCCGGCGUCCAACGACGGCGGCCAGCAGGACCGCGUCCACUCGGCCUUUGACUCGCUCGUCGCCACGAUGCAGCGCGUCGACCCGUCGGCCAAGUGGGGCGCCUACGUCAACUACGUCGAUGCGAGGCUGCCCGGGUGGGCACAGAUGUACUACGGCGACGCCCUCGACCGGCUCAAGUCGCUCAAGGCCCGCUACGACCCGGACACGGUGCUCGACUUUCCGCAGGGCCUGGCGCACGCCUGA